AUGAAGCGUCCAGCAUCUCAAGUCAAGCUGAAGGCAGCGCCGCAGGCUUGGUCAGUCAUUGCGCUGGACUUGAAACAACAACUCGUGCGAAAGUUUGAGAGUGAACGCAAGCCCCGGCGUGCGGUUGAGAUGGCCAAAUAUGUGCGAGAGAUGUUUCCUUUCUAUGGCUUGAAGGCACCUCAACGAAGAAAUUCUGCCCGAACUGUUCUCCAACAGUGGCGGAAGGCUCAUGGCAUCCAGACAGUCCAGGAGGAUUUGGCCAAAGCUGUGCUGCGUGCACUCUAUGCUUGCAAAGAGCGAGAAAUGCACUAUGUGGGUGCUGAGUUUUGUGCUGAACUCAUGCGUUCCGGCCCAGUAACACCAAGGUUCCUGGAUGUUGUGAAGUUCGGUGUGACCACCAAGAGCUGGUGGGACACUGUGGACAUUUUUGCCGCUUCGGCCAUGUCCAACUACAUCUUGACUUGUGGGCAAGGGAAGCCUUGCAAGGAAGUUCUGCAGGUGAUGGAUCGUUGGGCAGUAUCUGAGAACCUUUGGCUUCGACGUACGGCUAUUCUUAGCCAGCUGAAACUUAAGGACAAGGCCGACUUGACAAGACUGACACGGUACGUUUUGCAGAACAAGGAUCACGAGGACUUCUUUGUUAAGAAGGCCAUUGGCUGGGCAUUGCGACACCAUGCCCACUAUGACCCCAAGUGGGUCCGACAGUUCCUGUCAGAACACGGUGAUGGCCUUGCCAGUCUCUCAUACAAGGAGGCAUCAAAGCAUUUGAAGUGA